GGUACUACUAAAAUUGAAAAGAAUGAAGCUGAAGCAAACAAUUAAACUUUUUUUUAUUGUUAUUACACGUGAAUCUUUUUUACUAGUUAUGAAUUUUUUUUAUCCACUAAUAAAAAACUUUUUUCACAUGGUUUUUUCACGUUUUUUUUAUAUGUAUACAUUUUUUAAAAUAUUGAUGAAUUUUUUUAUGUGAUAAUUAUGUAAACAAGUCAUUUUUUUUAUAAAAUAAAUAUUUCC